CGGCUCGAGGAUUCCCUUUCGAGGCGCCCGCGCCCCCGGGCUCCGCCGCCUCGGCCACCCCGCGGCCCCGAUGCCGAGGCAUGGAUAGAGCGGCGCUGCGCGCGGCGGCGAUGGGGGAGAAGAAGGAGGGCGGCGGCGGGGGGGACGCGGCGGGCGCGGAUGGGGGCGCCGGGGCCGCGGCCAGCCGGGCGCUGCAGCAGUGCGGGCAGCUCCAGAAGCUCAUCGACAUCUCCAUCGGCAGCCUGCGAGGGCUGCGCACCAAGUGCGCCGUGUCCAACGACCUCACCCAGCAGGAGAUCCGGACCCUGGAGGCGAAGCUGCUCCGGUACAUCUGCAAGCAGUGGCAGUGCAAGCUGAGCGUGGCUCCGGGCGAGAGGACCUCGGAGCUCGACAGCUACCCUCGCUUCAGCGACUGGCUGUACACCUUCAACGUGAGGCCGGAGGUGGUGCAGGAGAUCCUCCGCGAGCUCACGCUAGAUGCCCUGCUGGACAUGAACGAGGCCAAGGUGAAGGAGACGCUCCGGCGCUGUGGGGCCAGCGCCGAGGAGUGUGGCCGCCUGCAGUACGCCCUCACCUGCCUGCGGAAGGUGACACGCCUGGGCGGGGAGCACAAAGAGGACUCAGGCUGGAGUUCGUCUGAUGCCCGGCGGGAAAGUGGCUCCGGGCCUCCCGCAGACACCCUCUCGCCAGCCAGCCUGUCCUGGCCUCCAGGGAGCUCCCAGCUGGGCAGACUGGGCAGCAGUGCCCAGGGCCCACGCUCCGUCUCCGUGUCCGCUCUGCCCGCCUCAGACUCCCCAAACCCCGGCCCCAGUGAGGGCCUGUCGGACCCCUUUAUCUCCUUGCACACCAGCGGCCGGUUGACCCCCCGCGCCCUGCCCAGCUUCAUCACCCCACCGACCACGCCCCAGCUCCGACGGCACUCCAAGCUGAAGCCACCCAGGACGCCGCCCCCGCCCAGCCGCAAGGUCUUCCAACUGCUGCCCAGCCUCCCCACGCUCACCAGGAGCAAGUCCCAUGAGUCUCAGCUGGGGAACCGCAUUGAUGAGGUCUCCCCGAUGAGGUUGGAGCACCCUCACGGAUCCCCACAGAUGGUACGAAGGGACAUCGGGCUCUCCGUGACACACAGGUUCUCCACCAAGUCCUGGCUGUCGCAGGUCUGCCGCGUGUGCCAGAAGAGCAUGAUGUUUGGAGUGAAGUGCAAGCAUUGCAGGUUCAAGUGUCAUAACAAGUGUACAAAAGAAGCCCCUGCCUGUAGAAUAUCCUUCCUUCCACUCCCCAAGCUUCGGAGGACAGAAUCCGUGCCCUCGGACAUCAACAAUCCGGUGGACAGAGCCACUGAACCCCAUUUCGGAACCCUCCCCAAAGCACUGACAAAGAAGGAGCAUCCUCCAGCCAUGAACCACCUGGACUCCAGCAGCAACCCGUCCUCCACCACAUCCUCCACGCCCUCCUCGCCCGCGCCUUUCCCAGCGUCGUCCAACCCAUCCAGUGCCACCACGCCCCCCAACCCCUCGCCUGGCCAGCGGGAUGUCAGGUUCAACUUCCCAGCUGCCCACUUCAUUCAUCAUAGACAGCAGUUUAUCUUCCCAGACAUUUCGGCAUUUCCACAGGCAGCACCGUUUGCCGAUGGAGCAGACAGUUCCCGGCUUGACGACCAGCCCAAAGCAGAUGUGUCGGAAGAUCAGGAAGUGGAGGCCGAAGAGCCUGAGGCCAGCAAGUCAGAGGCCGAAGACGACGAGGACGAGGUGGACGACCUGCCGACCUCCCGCCGGCCCUGGCGGGGCCCCAUCUCGCGCAAGGCCAGCCAGACCAGCGUGUACCUGCAGGAGUGGGACAUCCCCUUCGAGCAGGUGGAGCUGGGCGAGCCCAUCGGGCAGGGCCGCUGGGGCCGGGUGCACCGCGGCCGCUGGCACGGCGAGGUGGCCAUCCGCCUGCUGGAGAUGGACGGCCACAACCAGGACCACCUGAAGCUGUUUAAGAAGGAGGUGAUGAACUACCGGCAGACGCGGCACGAGAACGUGGUGCUCUUCAUGGGGGCCUGCAUGAACCCGCCCCACCUGGCCAUCAUCACCAGCUUCUGUAAGGGACGGACGUUGCACUCGUUUGUGAGGGACCCCAAGACAUCUCUGGACAUCAACAAGACCAGGCAGAUCGCCCAGGAGAUCAUUAAGGGCAUGGGGUACCUCCACGCCAAGGGCAUCGUGCACAAAGAUCUCAAAUCCAAGAAUGUCUUCUACGACAAUGGCAAAGUGGUCAUCACAGACUUCGGGCUGUUCGGGAUCUCGGGCGUUGUGCGAGAGGGACGGCGUGAGAACCAGCUGAAGCUGUCACAUGACUGGCUGUGCUACCUGGCCCCCGAGAUCGUGCGGGAGAUGACCCCUGGGAAGGACGAGGACCAGCUGCCCUUCUCCAAAGCUGCCGACGUCUAUGCAUUCGGGACUGUUUGGUAUGAGCUGCAAGCCAGAGACUGGCCCUUGAAGAACCAAGCUGCAGAGGCCCUGAUCUGGCAGAUUGGAAGCGGAGAGGGCAUGAAGCGAGUCCUCACCUCCGUCAGCCUGGGGAAGGAAGUUACCGAGAUCCUGUCCGCCUGCUGGGCCUUCGACCUGCAGGAGAGGCCCAGCUUCCCCCUGCUGAUGGACAUGCUGGAGAAGCUGCCCAAGCUGAACCGGCGGCUCUCGCACCCUGGGCACUUCUGGAAGUCUGCUGAGCGCUGGCGGAGCCGCUACUACGGGAAAGGACGUUCCGGUCACCCUGACUUUGGGAACAACUGUCCAGUCCUGGAGGAAUACAUUAACAGCAGCAAAGUUGUACCCCGGUUUGAAAGGUUUGGCUUGGGCAUCGUGGAGUCCAGUAAUCCAAAGAUGUAGCCAGCUGUGCAGUUUUUCUGAUGACAUAUUUCUUUCUUAAAUGUGUCUCUAAAACAUCCGAACCACCACCACGACAAAAAAACAAUGCUCUUCAAAAUGCCAGCCACCCUCCUAAGUGCCGCAAACCAGGAGCAUGAGGCCUUGGUUUAGACCGUUCAUCUGCAAAAACACUUGGGUCCUGGAAAUGGAGCUGUGCCUGCUGUUUCUUAAAAUGACAUCACCAACAACCAGACCUGUCCUGACAGGCAGCAGAUGUUUACAUGUAUGUUCAUGUGGAGUUGGACUUGAGGUUGUACAAUAGGUAUUAAUAAAAAUAACGGUCUGUGCA